CCUGGCACAAUAUGGCUUACUCGUCUCUUUACCACAUCCCGUCCUGCGACUGUUUCUGUCGUGAACUGCAGACGAGUCUCAAGUCUGACUCUACUCAUUAUGGUCGCGGACGCAUCGUCGUCGAGACCCACUCUCUCCGGGCCCCUUAAGCUGCCAUUUCCCAAGGAAGAGCUUGACCGUAUUAAUGCCUAUCUACGCGAUCUGACACCCGAGGAUAUCCUCAAGUGGGCGGUGGAGCAUGUCCCGGGAUUGUAUCAGACGACCGCAUUCGGACUGACGGGGCUCGUCGCACUAGACAUGCUUUCGAAGAUCACGCCCUCGCCUCCCCCUCUGAUCUUUAUCGACACCCUGUAUCAUUUCCCCGAAACCCUGGAGCUAGUGGAGGAAGUGCGGAAGCGAUACACGACUCCUAUCUACGUGUACAAGCCUGCGGACUGUGAGACGGUGCAAGACUUCGAGAAGAAGUUCGGAGAGAAACUGUGGGAGAGGGACGAGACGCUCUAUGACUAUACCGUCAAGGUGGAACCUGCACGCCGGGCGUACGAGGAGCUCGGCGUCAAGGCGGUCAUCACCGGGCGAAGAACCUCUCAGGGUGCCGAUCGCGCCAAUCUGCAGCCCCUCGAGUUUGAUAGCACAGGCUUGCUGAAACUGAACCCGCUGUUUGCCUGGACGUUCCCCUUCGUCGAGUGGUACAUUAAGGAAAACAAUGUCCCGCGGAAUAAGUUACUCGACCAAGGCUACCGCAGCGUGGGUGACUGGCACAGCACAGUGAAGAGCGGGGAGGGUGAUGUAGGUGAGCGCGCGGGCAGAUGGGCGGGUAACAAGGAGAAGACCGAGUGCGGAUUGCAUGUGGACUAUUUCAAGAUGAAGGCGGCAGCCGAGCAGAAGGAAGCCGGCGCUGCCGCUGAGCAAGCCGAUGCUGCUCCUGCGACAGAAGCAAGUGCAUGAGUUGGUAUGGAUGGGGAUUGGCAGGUUCGUAGAUCGUAGAUUGUACGCGCUGUAUUCAUAGAAGCGUCCACGUUGAUGGCUCUGAACG